AUGUGCUUGGCGCCAAAGUUGAUCCACAGUGUCUUGUCCUUUCCACGAGCCUACGAUUACUGUCUGAAGCCUACCACGUCGCACAAAGAGCCCUUCAGCUCUGAAACAUGCUGGUUUGGUGCGAGUCUGCUGCGAUCAGAGAGGUUGGAGGAAGGUACGCGCAAUCAUGGCAAUGCGCCUGCUCUGCUUCCACGAGACGUUGCACUCCUGUCAUUCACGGAGACAUGGUUCUGCAUCGCAAUCCAGCUGCUUCAGGAGAAGGAGUUGGCCUCUCGUGCUGGUGUGAAGGAGUGCAACGGCCUGUACCGGCCUUUCGCCUGCAUACAAUCUCGAAAAUUUGGUGCGCAUGCGGGAAACAUCCCGAACACUUGGGCGUCUCUAUUGAGAGGCGUUUGCCUGCCAUGGCUGCCACUGGAACUGAGGGAACAUGCUCGCGAGACCCUCUCCACCAAAGUCUAUCGCUACUCCACCCCAAUGGAACAAUCGCCAUAG